AUGACAGGCUUCAAAUUGUCCGACAUCCCCAACCUUUCUGGCCGCGUGGCCAUCGUAACUGGCGGCAACAGCGGUCUCGGCGAGACCUCUUGUCUCGAGCUUGCUCGCAAUGGCGCUAAAGUGUACAUGGCCGCACGAACCGAGUCGAAGGCUCAGGAAGCAAUCCAGAAAAUCAAGCAGCAGGUGCCCGACGCCGACAUUCACUUCUUGCAGCUCGAUCUCACUGAGCUUGCAGCUGUCCGCAAGGCAGCUGACGACUUCGUGUCCCGCGAGCAGCGUCUUGACAUCUUACUCAACAAUGCCGGUGUCAUGGCAACCCCUUACACUUUCACCAAGGAUGGUCUUGAGCUUCAGGUCGGUACCAACGUCGUUGGUCACUACCUCUUCACCAUGCUCUUGCUCCCCACACUCUACAACACCUCCAAGCUUCCCGAGUAUGCCAAGCCUGACUCGCCAUCCGUGCGUAUCGUACAGGUGUCCAGCAUUGGCCACCUCUUCUCUCCCUCGGACACCAGCUUCAAAGAUCUCGAAGCCGUCAACAAGCAGUACAAGCCCGAGAUCAAGGGCACAUUUGACCGAUAUGAAAAGAGCAAGACCGGUAACAUUCUCAUUGCCAACCAGCUCGCCAGGCUUCUGCCCAAGGAAGCUCGUAUCACCAACAUUUCUCUCAACCCAGGAGUUGUUCGCACCGGUCUCUUCCGCGGUCCCAGCGAGUCGUAUGGACUCAUCUUCAAGGCCAUGAUCUUUGCGGCUUCGCGCUUCUUCACUGCUCCCGAGGACGGCGCUUUGACCCAGCUUUACGCCUGUGCUUCGCUCGAAGUUGACCGUCUUAACCUGAACGGUGCCUACAUUGAACCUGUGGCCAAAGUCGGCAAGAAGAGCAAGAUCGCUGAGGACAAGGAUGGCAAGCUUGGCGAUGAGCUCUUCAACUUCUGCAACCAGUUUGUCAAGGAGAAGCUUGGUCUUGACCUCGUUGCACAUGUAAAGGAGACCGGCAUUCAGCUUCCUCAGAGCCACAUCUAA